GUGGUUUUUGCUCUUGCAGUCACUAGGUUUUUUGUACCAAAUCAUAGGUUAAUGCAGUUAAAUGCUCCAUGGAAACAGGGUACUCACUUAAUAUGUGAGGUUUUCAAAUGGAAAACAUAAUGAAAUGUCAAAUGGGCAAAUGAUAUAUGAUGCUUUAAACUCAAGACUAAAAAGUAUAGUAUUACAUACACAUACCAAAAGAAUGCUAAGAAACAAAAGAUCAUAUUCUCAUAAAUUACCAAUGAUAAAAAAAUUACUCAAGCACUUGCAUACAAACCCAAAGGCAAAUACACAAAACAGACCAUCACUUGACACGUGAUCCAAAGCCGCAGUCUUUCUUGACCUGACCUUGCCCUUCCUCCUUACAUCACUGAUUCUACAUUAAUAACACACUGAAAAUAAUGGAAAAUGCAGACAAAAGGCGCAAUCAUGGACAUAUCUGGAGCACAUUAACAUAGUACAGAAACGUAAUAUCGAUUUAAGGUAUUGUACAAAAACAUUUGAACGUACUCAUAUGCAGAAAGUUCCAUAACUGCAUUGGCUUUAAAAUCCAAUUAAAAGGGAAAUUCACCCCAGGCAGAUUUGAUUAAUAUCCUUCCCUCCUUUUCCUAGGAUGGGAAACCUAUCUACUUUCCCUCAUUUAUGAGGCCGUUGUUGUCAGUGUCGACCUCUGUUACCGGUUAAGACAGCGGGAGAGGAAGGAAUUUGGAAGGACAGAGGCGACAGCGGGGCCAUUGCAGUCAUGUCUCCUGGAGGAAUUCUGACCUUUGGCCUCUUGCUCGUGGUGCUGCUUGCAGCCUUCAGCUGGAGCUAUGAUGGCCUGGGCCCAGGAUGCCAUCUCUACCCGUUCAACGUGACGAUCCGCAGUGACAGGCGGGGGACGUGCCGGGGAACCCACCUGGUCCACGCCUGUGUUGGAUACUGCGAGUCCAGUGCCUUCCCCUCACGCUACUCUGUGCUCGUGGCCUCCAACUUCACCCACAACAUCACGUCGGCCUCCCGCUGCUGCACCAUCAGCAAGGACACAAAGGUCAAGGUGCGUCUGGACUGCCCCCGUGGCCGUCACCACGACGACAUCGAGAUACUGACAGCCCGCGCCUGCCGCUGCGACAUGUGCCGAAAAGCACGCUACUGAAGCUUGUCAAGCGGUCGCCCCAGCGCACGGCACUCUGGAGCACAUUUAAAGGAAGGAGGACGUGCACCAGCAAUGGCUUUGCGCUCUCGCCAGGGCGAACAUGCACCCGCCCUGUGCCCUUUCCCCUGUGGCCUGAGCUCUGCAGACUCCUCCGCAGCUCCCUCUCCGCUGUCCAGCUACAGCACCGCUGACCUCGCUGCUUGUGUUGCGGCAGCAGAGCCUCCUAUUUAUAUUUGCCCGCUUUAUGUUCUGCCCAUUUCUAAAUGCCACAGAUAUACUCGUUACCUAAAACGUGCAAA